UCCGGGAGCGCAGGGCCGGGCUGCUCGUAGCGGCGGCGACGGAGCCCCCCAGCGGCUGAGGGGCUUCCUCCCAGCUCCCGCUGGUGGCCGGGACGCAGCAAGCCCCCGCAGCCCCGGGGAGGUCGGGGACCCCCCCUCCCGCCGCCACCACCUCCAGGAUCCAGCGAACCCCAGGAAAGCGAGGGGCACCCCCCCCGGAUCGAGCGCAGAGAGACUCCCCAGCGGGGAAGAGCGGAGGCUUCCCGUGUGUUCGGAAGACAGCGACCCCCCCUGCGGUACUGCAAAGACUCCCCAUCUUCCAGCUGAGCCCCCCCAAGACCUGGAACGCAGUGUUCCCCCGGCCAGUGGUUGCGGGAACCCCCCCACCCAAGAACCAGGUCAUUACAACUCCACACCUCAAGACACGAAGACCCAGCUCAGAACGUCCCUAGGUCGGGGGACCCUGCCCCCCAGCUCCGGCACACGGAGAUCCCAGCCCUAGGGACAGCCAGAGACACCCCUCACCAGCAGGAAGCCUCGGACACCCCACCCCUCCGCAAAAGCCCCAGGACUGGGGUGCCCGAGCCCCUUGCGGCGGCCCUUCGAAUCCCGGCCCGUGACCGUGGCGCCCUGAGCCCCCUCCCGGGCCGGGCUGACGAAGACCGAGACGGCGCCCAGACCCCCCGCCGCGGCGUCCCCGCGGCCCCAGCCCAGGGAGAAGAUGAGCGUGGGCUGCCCAGAGCCCGAGCCACCCCGCUCCAUGCCCUGCUGUGGGCCGGGGGCCGCCCCGGGGCCCGGGGCCGGGGUGCCCCUCCUCACAGAAGACAUGCAGGCGCUGACCCUCCGCACGCUGGCCGCCAGCGAUGUCACCAAGCACUACGAACUCGUGCGGGAGCUGGGCAAAGGCACCUACGGCAAGGUUGACCUGGUGGCCUACAAGGGCACAGGCACAAAAAUGGCCCUGAAGUUUGUGAACAAGAGCAAGACGAAGCUGAAGAACUUCCUGCGGGAGGUGAGCGUCACCAACAGCCUGUCGGCCAGCCCCUUCAUCAUCAAGGUCUUCGACGUGGUCUUUGAGACGGAGGACUGCUACGUGUUCGCUCAGGAGUACGCGCCCGCUGGGGACCUGUUUGACAUCAUCCCUCCCCAGGUGGGGCUGCCCGAGGACACGGUGAAGCGCUGCGUGCAGCAGCUCGGGCUGGCGCUGGACUUCAUGCACGGGCGGCAGCUGGUGCACCGCGACAUCAAGCCCGAGAACGUGCUGCUGUUCGACCGCGAGUGUCGCCGCGUGAAGCUGGCCGACUUCGGCAUGACGCGCCGCGUGGGCUGCCGCGUGAAACGCGUGAGCGGCACCAUCCCCUACACAGCGCCCGAGGUGUGCCAGGCCGGCCGCGCCGACGGCUUCGCCGUGGACACGGGCGUGGACGUGUGGGCCUUCGGCGUGCUCAUCUUCUGCGUGCUCACGGGCAACUUCCCGUGGGAGGCGGCGUCGGGCGCCGACGCCUUCUUCGAGGAGUUCGUGCGCUGGCAGCGCGGCCGCCUGCCCGGGCUCCCGUCGCAGUGGCGCCGGUUCACCGAGCCCGCGCUGCGCAUGUUCCAGCGCCUGCUGGCCCUGGAGCCGGAGCGCCGCGGCCCGGCCAAGGAGGUCUUCCGCUUCCUCAAGCACGAGCUCACGUCGGAGCUGCGGCGCCGGCCCUCGCACCGCGCGCGCAAGCCGCCCGGGGACCGCCUGCCGGCCGGGCCGCUGCGCCUCGAGGCGCCCGGGCCGCUCAAGCGGACGGUGCUGACCGAGAGCGGCAGCGGCUCGCGGUCCGCACCCCCCGCCGCUGCCCCUGCCGCCGCCGCCGCCGCCGCUGCCGGGCCGGCGCCCGUGCCCGUGCCCGAGGCCGGCCUGGCGCCCCCGGGGCCCCCCGGCAGGACCGACGGCCGCCCGGACAAGAGCAGAGGGCAGGUGGUGCUGGCCACGGCCAUCGAGAUCUGCGUCUGAGCCGCCUCCGCCGCCCGCGGGCCAGGCGGGGGUUGCGGGAGCCGGCCCGGGCGCGCCCCGAGCCGGUGCGGGCAGCGGCGGGAAGACGGAGCGGCCGGCAGGAGUAGCGGUAGCAAGGGCGGGGUGGCCGCCGACAGACCUCCCGCGCCUCGUGGGGUCGGGGCUGGGCCGGGGGAGCCGAGCCCCCUCACACACACGCACGCACGCACGCACAACACAUGCACACCGGGGAACGUCGGAGCUUGCGGGCCGGACACCCCCAGCCCCGGAGCUGCCCCUGCCCCUUGGCGCCCCCUGGCGGAUCGUCCCGCAAUCCCACCCUCACCCAACCCCCCCACUCCCCAACGAACCCCGACCCAGGCCCUGGACGAAGAGAGGGACUGAACGUGGGCGGAGAAGGAGCUUCCGGGCCUUGGACACUGGCUGGAACGAGUACUUGGAGCUGAGGGCUGCUGGGACGCGCCCCUUUCUUGGGAGGCUGCAGGGAGAGGCCCAGCCCUGGAAAAUGUAGCAGAUGUCUGCGUGUGUGUGCGUGCGUGCGUGUGCGUGUGUGUGUGUGUGUGUCGGGCACAGGCCCUAGGACACCUCGGCGCCCCUCUUCCUCGGAUGAGGACCCUAGCCCCGCAGAGAGGGGCCCUGCCCUGGGCCACUGACUGGCAGAGCCCCCUAAGCCCUCCCCCUUCCACCCCUGCCGCAGGCCAUGGCCCGCCCCGCAGUCCUGACAACUCCAGGGCGGGACCCAGCCCUCCUGCCUCAGCCGGCUGCAAGGUGACCUGCACCAGGAUUUUCUGCUGGGUUUUUAUUGAGUCGCCCUUGCCGUGUGCCUGCAGGUUGCUGGAGGGGGCUAGGAGCUGCGGCUGUGGAAGCACGAGGGGGUGUGUGUGCACAAAGGUGUGUGUGGAGCCUCAAAGUCCCAGCGACCACACAUCCAGACGCCUCAGAAGGCCCCGCCCGCCCCCAUCAGAGGGUGCCCAGGCCAGGUUUCACCACGUCCCUCAGGGAGGCACCUGCAGGUUGGUUCAGGCCCCUGGGCAGCAAAACAGGCUAGAGGAACCCAGCUUUGCCCAGCGCCCCCUGGUGGCCACCCCCGGCCCUCUAUGGAGGCCUGGGACCCCCCGCAAUAACCUCAACAGGGGCCAGGCUGCCCCUCAGCCCGGCAGUGCCCUGUCCACCAUACCGGGCCACCCCUACCGGGGUCUCUUCUGGGUUCCGGGGCAUUGAUGGGCCAGGCUGGCUGUGAGGAGCUCCCAGGCACCCCCCUGGCCUGGAGCCCCCACCUCUCCGCUCACUCCUCAUCUCCACCGUGCAAAGGGCUAUGGGUCCCCCCGCCCUGCCUGGGUCCCGUUUACAAACUGCGCGGCUGCCCCAGGACUGGCCCUCCCCCCUCCCCCGUGUGCCCACUCCUCCCCGUGGGCAUGGGGCCCUCCACGUGCCAGGUAAGUAGCAAACCCCUUCUGCCAAGAGCCAGGUCUCAGAGAAGGCCCCUCCCCCAUCACUGCCCCCCCCCAGCUGGAGCCCAUGGGGUCCACCUCUCCCAGCCGCGACUUCUUCUGCCUUAGGCCUCUCUCCACGUCUGGUGUCUCCUGCAAUAACAAGGAAGCGAGAUUCCGCAGUCCUCGUCUCUCUCCUCUCUCUCUCUCUCUGUUAAGAUCCUGUGAGGGAGUCCUCUCCCGUGUCGUAGUAUCUAGGGUGUUAGCGUGGGGAAGGGACUGUAGUGACGGAGCCCCGUCCCCCUCGGUUUGGGUGCCACCAGUCUGGCCCCAAGGCGGGACCGGCCCCAGGUCAGGGCACCUGGCCGCUGCUGCCGCUGUCUCUUAGGUCAGGACCCGCUGCCCCUUUAGGAGACCUGUUGGUCACAGAUGUUUACCUCAGUUUAUGUCACUGUCGAAGAAACACAAAAUAAUAGCAAAAAAUUAAUACCACCGUAGACAUGAAGACUUACAAGACAAAAAAAAAAAAAAAACUCAAAAAAAUUUCCCCCUUGCAAUUCUGUGAAGGUACCGUGUGUGUGUGUGUGUGUGUACACGUAUGUGUGUGUCUCUGUCCCACCCCGGGCAGGCUGGGUCAUCCCCGGCCUCUGUCCCAGCCCCUGUGUCGCCACACUGCCCCCCCCCUUCGGUGCUUCCAGAGACCCCUCUGAGCUGGCCUGUGGGGCGUGGGGAGCCCCCAGGGUGGGGGGCGGGGCCGCAGGUCAGCUGGAGGGUCUCCCAUCAGGCCCACAGAGCAGAGCCCCCAGGGCUGCCCGAGGCGCCCUGAGCCCAUGCCAUGGCCGGUGGGACAGUCCCAUUGGCUGGCAGCAGCGUCCGAGCCUGGCUCAGGGCCUGGGGCAGGGGGCCUGGGUGGAAUUCCAGGCCUGGAGCCCCAGACUCUCGUGUCUCGUACCCUGCCCCUCCCCGACGUGUUUGUAAAUAUUCUGAUAUCCUUUGGCCCCAAAAAGCUUUUUAAAUGUGUUAUUUACUUCUCUAAUCAUGACA